GCUUGGUCCGCCUGCAUUUGAGUCCUCACCACCGCCCCCAACAUGGAACAGAAUCACAGAAACAUCUAGAAGAAGAAGCAAGAGAAGGUGGAAAAAUACCAAGAACUGAAGGAGGAAGCUGAAGAGAUGUGAGAAGUUCAGGCAGCAGUGGUGAUGGUGGUAUUCAGAGCACUGGGGACAAUGACCUGGCUCCAAAAGAGGCCAAGAACACUGUCAGAGAUGUCUGUCCUAGGAUCAGCCAUGAUACUGAGCAGAACCUUCAAGCUCCAAGGGACCUGGUAGAUUAAUUUUUUACCUUGAUUUAACCAGGAAGUGAGAUUAAAAUCUCUUUUCCAAGUCUGUCCUGGUCAAGACAGCAGAAGCACACUUGCUUCGCUGCUCACGGUCGCUACGCCCAGAAGCUGCUGAACGACUUGUUCUCCAACUACACCAACGCUCUACGGCCGGUGGAGGACACCAACCACAUCAUCAACGUCACACUGCAGAUCACCCUCUCCCAGAUCAUCGACAUGGACGAGCGGAACCAGAUCCUGACCACCUACCUGUGGAUCCGCCAGGUGUGGAAAGAUGCCUACCUUACCUGGAAUACAGAGGACUACGAUGGCCUGGAUACCAUCCGCAUACCCAGUAGCUACGUAUGGCGGCCUGAUAUUGUGCUGUAUAACAGUGCAGAUGACGAGUUCUCCAGCUCCAUGGAGACAAAUGUUGUCCUCCACAAUGACGGACAGGUCAUGUGGGACCAGCCAGCCAUCACUAAAAGCUCCUGCUCUGUGGACGUAGCCUUCUUCCCCUUUGACGUGCAGCAGUGUCACCUCACCUUCGGCUCCUGGACCCACAACGGCAACCAGAUGGACCUGUCCAAUGCCUUGGCCACCGCAGAUCUGGCUGAUUUUGUCCCCAAUGUGGAGUGGGAGGUUCUGGGAAUGCCAGCCAAGAAGAACGUCAUCCUGUACGGCUGCUGUGAAGAGCCAUACCCAGACAUCACCUUCACGCUCCACCUGAAGAGACGUGCUUCCUUCUACAUCUUCAACCUCCUCAUCCCCUGCAUGAUGAUCUCCUUGCUGGCUCCGCUCGGCUUCUACCUGCCGGCGGAUUCGGGUGAAAAGGUUUCUCUGGGUGUGACGGUGCUGCUGGCCCUCACGGUGUUUCAGCUGCUGGUGGCCGAGAGCAUGCCGCCCUCGGAGAGCGUCCCACUGAUAGGAAAGUACUACAUUGCCACCAUGACGAUGGUCACUGCCUCCACAGCUCUCACCAUCUUCAUCAUGAACAUACACCACUGUGGUCCUGAGGGCCGUCCCGUCCCGAAGUGGGCCGAACGCUUUGUCCUCAACUACCUCGCCCGAAUCUGCUUUGUCGGCAAGGUCAGCGACAUCUGCCUUGGAGAGGCUUCAUCCAGAAAAAAAACCCAGUCAUGGGAAGAGUCGGACGCCCCACCAGCCGGCGGCAACAGCUCCCAGGGAGCAAACUGGGAUGUGAAUGGACAGGUGUGGAAAGGGAAGGUGGAUGAAGACGGGAUGGGGCAACCUCUGAGGGUGGAGCAGGAUUUAACCAAGCAGACGAUGUGGAAGGAGGAUCUAUUUGUGACCAUCGACCACUCGGAGGAGAAAGGAGCUGCUGGUGGAGAAGAUGAGCCCAACAAGACCGCUACAGAAGGAGGAGGUGAGCAUGUCAAGCAGAAGAAAGGCAUUGGAGGUGGAAUUGGGGAGAACCCGAAGGAGAUGUUGGUGAGAAGUCAAUGUGUUUGCCAGCACCUGCGUUUGCAUAAGAACGUUGAGUACAUCGCCAACUCGUAUCUGGAUCAGCGAAUGGCUCAGCUUAGCAUUGGGGAGUGGAGGAAGGUUGCCAAGGUGAUGGAUCGCUUCUUCAUGUGGCUCUUCAUCAUCAUGUUCUUCUUCAUGAGCAUCCUGAUCCUGGGAAAAGCCAUCUGAUGGAGCUUCAGAGGCAGACUGUGUAGAAGACGUGGACGUAGCCACCGCUGCACCUUUGGUUUGUGGACAACAAAUUCAAAGUUUGACCAGCUUGGUGUGAUUCCCAUAGCUAUCUUUGUUUAAUGAAUGGAUAAACAGAAGAAAAGUAAAUGAAUCAAGGUUUGAUUAAAAACUAAAAACAAUAUGCAUUCCCACCUUAUAUUACAAGUGUUAGAACUAAUAUUAAUUCCAUGGUUAAUUACAGAGAUGUUUAUACAAACUUCUCACCCCAAGAACGGAAUAUCCAACUACUUAAGAUGUAUUUUAGAUAUUUUUUUUCUUUCCUUACCUUUAAACAUGACAAAAAGGGUAAUGAAAACAAGAAUAAGACCCAAAAAUAAGUCUGUAGCGACAAAAAUGUGCACCCUGGCAUUAAUUUUCAUCAUUAUACCUUCAUUAAGACUUAUAAAUUAUGAGGUAUCUCCUCCCCAUUUUUCCAUGUAGGAUCACAGUUUACAAAACGAACCAAAAUGAAGAUUUUAACUAAAUCGGAAAAUACAUACGAGUAGGAAAGUAAGAAAUUCUGACUAAACAAAACGUCGGUUUCAUUUAGUUCAUGGAGGCUACAUCCAUCUGUUAUACACAGUCUCAUAAAUACCACAGAGCUUUUACACAGAUUUCAUUUUCCCAUUAAACAUUAAGUCAUUCUUUGUUUUCUUCAAAGAACAUGGAUAGGUUGAAGUUCGGUCCAAUUUCCAAUAAACAAACAAAUGAAAAUGAGGCUUUUAUUUUAUUUAUAAAUUUCUUGUUGUUAUUGUCCAAAUGAAAACGUUAAAUUAGAGAAAUAAAAAAUAAUAAAUGACUUUGGUUUAAUAAAGAUGAAAAAAGAAGGUAUACUCACUUUCAACCCGAAGUUGAGGUUGACCUGAGGUUGGUUCAUCAAGCGCAGCCCACGUCCAGUUUCAGCUGUUUAACCAUUUAACCAUGACGACGAUGCUGUCUGCCUUACAGGGCGGAGUUAGUAAUUUGUGGACAUAGCUUCUAAAGUAACAGGCUUUGGACCAUCCUGCAUGUUACAGCAAGAGACUGCUUACUUUAAUGUUUAAUACACAGCAUCACACUGUUAUAAAGCUAAAAAUCAAAGUUAGAAUAAGUCCGUUUGUCAUCCAGCAGCUUGCAGAAGCUCCGCCUGCAGCAGGAAGCUGAUGGAAAAGUUUUCUGGAUGAUGUCUCGUACAUAGUUGGUCUCUUCUUUCCAUCGUUGCUUCAGAUCACUCAGGUCUGAGGCCUCUGAAGGUCCCACGACAGCAUCUCAGUGAGGUCUGGACUCUGACUGAACCACACUGGGACCAUCUCCCCUCCAACCUGUCUGUUUACUGCAGUCAGGAUGCAGUAUGGACUUUGACUAGACCACAUUGAGACCUUGUCCCCCUCUAGCCUGUCUGGUUACUGCAGUCAGGAUGAGGUCUGGAUUCUGACUGGACCAUGUCAGCCUUGGUUCUGGUGUAGACUUGCUGCAUGAAACAGUUUCAGCCAAGCUUCAGCUGUCAGACGGACUCACAUCUGAUUCUUUCUAUCUGAAGAUUUGUCAUGUACCUGAGUUCAUGGUCCACUCAAUGACUGCCAGGUGUCCAGACCAUCAUCCCUCCACCACCGUGCCAACAGCUGCUUUGUUCAGACCAAUCAUGUCCACUUUGGUCUGGUCAAGAGGACUUUGUCUGGUGGUUUGUUCAGACACAGCUUUGCCAACCUCAGCCAUGCUGCCAUGUUUGUUUCUCCCGCAACCUUCUUAACAAACCAUACUGGUUCAGUCUUUUUCUGACAAGGCUGUUAUUGACUUGAACAUUUAACUUGCUAACAGAGGCCUGGAGUGUCUAGGAUGGAGCUCUUUGUUUUUUUAAAGUUUCUCUGAUCAUUGCAUAGUCUGAUCUUGGGCUGAACUUGCUGGAACGCCCACUCCUGGGAUGUUGUCCUGAAUGUUUUCCACUUCCAAUCUUUCUCUGUGGAAUGACGGACUCCAUGUAGUUUGAAAAUGACCAGAUAACCACCCCAGAUUGAUGGGCAGCAGCUUCUCUAAAGCCCCGUUUCCACCAACAAGUACAGGUCGGUUUUCUAGGGUUUCCACAGGCAACAUCUGGGAAGGUGCCAGAAUAUCAGAACCGAGUUGUCCUGCGUUUUUUGGACCCUUCCACUGGGGUCCCAGUCUUACCGAUCUGACCCAAAAUAGUGGAACUGGACACACUGCAGUUCACUGAUUGGUCAAAAGAAGCAGCAUGAAUGAGUUUUUGAGAUUGUAGUCAGAGUUUUUUAACAUAUAACCUGCUCCAGAGGGGAAAGUGGCUUCA